GUCAGUUUUCACAAAAAAUGGGGAAAUCUCGGAAGUACUCUAAGGGGCAUUCUUCUGGUUUUGUUCCAGAUUACCGGCGUGCAGCUGAGACCAUGGGUGAAUCUGAGGGGCUUGGGAGCUCUGGACGGGUUGAUACAGAGAUGACGGCAUCAGAGGAUUCAUCUGCUCCCAAAAGGAAAUGCAUUAGUUUGAAUGCUGAAAGCUGUGAUGGUUAUGGUGUUCCAGUUCAAGUAUUGUCUUUCUCAAAGAUGUCGCAUAUUGAGAGGAAGAAUUUGGAAAUGAGAUUGAAGAUGGAGCUUGAACAAGUUCGGUUGCUACAGAAUAAAAUUGCUUCUCUUAGUUCAAAUGUUGUUUUGUCACCCUCUAGUGACAUACGCAGUUGCAAUGAUGGACAGAAGAGGAUCCCAAUAGAGAGUUUCCACAGGUCUUCUGAAAUAGUGGGUUCACAAGGAAAGAAACGGCUGCCUCCAGGGCGUAAUAGUGCCCGCACAAAAAAGAAUAUAUCUGGGCGUUUUGAACCUGUGAAGCCAGCUGUGCCAGCAAAUACUUCAAAUGCUGUGUUGAUGAAGCAAUGUGAGACUUUGCUCAAUCGAUUGAUGCAACAUCAGUGUGGUUGGGUUUUCAACACUCCUGUUGAUGUGGUAAAAUUGAAUAUUCCAGAUUAUGUCACAGUCAUAAAGCAUCCUAUGGAUUUGGGCACAAUUAAGAACAAGAUAGUUUCAGGUCAGUAUUCAAGUCCAUUGGGAUUUGCUGCUGAUGUCCGGCUUACUUUCUCCAAUGCAACGACUUACAACCCACCUGGAAACAAUGUUCAUGUUAUGGCGCAGACACUCAGUAAAUUUUUUGAAGUCAGAUGGAAAUCUAUAGAAAAGAAGCUUCCAAUGAAAAAAAUAAACCCAAAUGACACUAAGAUCAAGUCGGAGCCUGUUAAGCAGAUCAUGACUGAUCAGGAGAAGCAUAAUUUGAGCACAGAGUUGGAGGCUUUGACAGAAUUCCCUGAAAAUAUAGUUGAUUUUCUCAAAGAGCACAGUUUUAGUGAAGGGUUGACUGAUGGGGAAGAAAUUGAGAUUGAUAUUUAUGCUCUCAAUGAUGAAACACUGUUCAAAUUACGAGAACUUUUAGAUGAUUUUUUGCUAGAAAAAAAAAAGGCAAAAGCUGAACCUUGUGAAAUGGAGCUUCUUAAUGAAUCAGGGUUUAGCAACUCAUCUAUUCCACCUUGUAAAGGAAAUGACCAAGGUGAUGAGGAUAUAGAUAUUGUUGGAGGAAAUGAUUGUCCCAUUUCAAGCUAUCCUCCAGUUGAGAUAGAGAAGGAUGCAGCCAAUAGGAACAACAAAGGCAUCAGUUCAAGUAGCUCGAGUAGCGAAUCAGGCUCUUCAAGGAGUGAUUCAGAUUCUGGCAGUUCAUCCAGCAGUGAAUCUGAUGCUGCUAAAGCUUCAGCUACUGAUAAUUUGAUUCCGGGAGAAAAUUUGGACCAGAAAAAGGGUGAUGCUGGUGUUCUUGAUAUUAGAAACCAAUCUUUAAACAAGUUGAAUCAAGUUGAGCUGAAUUCCCAGGGUCAGCCAAUUGCUGGAGCAGAUGGCAAUCAAGAGGUAGGGGAGAGUGCUCCAUCUGGGAGGCAAGUCUCCCCAGAAAAGCGUUAUCGUGCAGCUUUAUUAAGGAACCGUUUUGCUGAAACUAUAUUUAAAGCUCGGAAAAAGGCACUUGAAAAGGGUGAGAAGCAAGAUCCUGAGAAACUACGGAUUGAGAAGGAAGAACUAGAAAGGCGGCAUAGAGAAGAUUUAGCUCGAAUUCAAGCAGAGGCCAAAGCUGCUGAAGAGGCCAAGAGAAAGGCUGAAGCAGAAGAGGUCAGAAGGAAAAUUGAACAGGAGAGAGAAGCUCAACGGCAGGCAUUACUAAAGAUGGAAAAGACAGUGGAUAUCAAUGAGAAUAGUCAAUUUAUGGAAGAUCUAGAAAUGCUCAGGGCCACCAAUGAUGAACAUUUGCCCAGUUUCAAUGAGGAAACCAGCCCAGAUCAUUCUCAAAACGGGUUGGGUAGCUUCAAACUGCAAGGGAAUCCCCUGGAACAGCUAGGGUUAUACAUGAAGGCUGAUGAGGAAGAAGAGGAUGAUGAUAAUGGGGAUGCUGAACCACCCCUUAGCUUUCCAGAGCCUGCAAAUGAUAGAGAGUUAGGAGAAAUUGAUUGACGAGUUUUUUCUCUGUUCUUUUUGGGCUACAGCGUGUCGGGGAAAGAGACGACUAUAACAUGACCAUAAAGAAUUCUGGGUUGAACAUUGGACCCGCUGUUGGAGUUUGAAGGGAGAUAGGUGUCAGUAUUUGCUUUCUUUUUCUCCUCUUCUUUUAUGUAUAAAGGAAAUUUGUGUUGGUAUUGGUAUUGACCAUUAACAGAUGCAUUAGCAUAUUAGGGUUUUCGCAAAGAAAUUUUGUUUAUUGUUUUAUAUAUAUAUAUAUAUAUAUUCCAAUCAUAGGGUU